AUGGCAGCAGCGCCUGUCCAUGCCCAGGCCCUGAGCUGCCACGUCCCGUCGGCUCCCGUGCCCAGGAUGGCCUGCACCGAGGGCCCACAGCAGCCAGCCCUGCAUCGGCCCCAGCCCGUCUCCAUGGGGUCCGCCACCACCGGCACCGCGGGGCCCCCCGGGGGUCACUGCGGCUUCGCGGAGCAUGACCUGGAGUGCCUGGUGUGCCGGGAGCCCUACAGCUGUGCCCGGCCGCCCAAGCUGCUGGGGUGCCAGCACGCCUUCUGCGCUGUCUGCCUGAAGCUCCUGCUGCGUGUGCAGGACAACACCUGGACUGUCCCCUGCCCGGUGUGCCGCAAGGCCACUGCCGUCCCCGGGGGCCUCAUCUGCAGCCUGCGUGACCAGGAGGCCGUGUUGGGGCGGCUAGCCCGGCCAUGCCCAGAGAUGCGGCUCUGUCCUCAGGAGCUGGCGAAUCCUGUCCCCUUGACAGCAGGACACCUCUCCGGCUUGGGAGGAGAGGAUGGGCAGGAUGUGGCAAAUGUCAACCGCAUGGCAGCCCGGCGCCUGGUGGCACACCUGCUCCUCCUGGCCUUGCUCGUUGUCCUCAUCCUGCCCUUCAUCUACCCCGGCGUCAUGCAGUGGGCGCUCACCGUCAUCAUCGCCCUGGCCCUGCUGAUGUCCACCCUCUUCUGCUGCCACCCCAGCGGCCAGGGCGGCUGGCGGGGCUUCCCCAGGACUCUCUUCUGCAGGGAGCAGAAACACAGCGAGAUCUCUUCCAUUGCCUGA